CAGCGGAAGCCGAGUUUCACAGGAGGACAAACUUGUUGACUAAUGACCAAUCACUAAGUAGCAGAGAGGACAAAAGCUUUGGUGUUUGUGUCAUGUCCUGGGGAGUGGGGGUUGGGGUGGGAGAAGCAUCAGUAUCAAAUAUAAAAUCAGGAAAAUCAGCCUGGCCAGCCAUGCCCUCGCAGCCCCUCUGAGAAGCAGUGUCACGUGGCAGCAGACUGAAUCAAUGGUUAAGCCCGGGGAGAUUUGCCCUGCUGCAGGUUACUGGAAAGCAGCUUGUGGCAUCAUAGUCACAAAAUGCCUUAUUUUACAAGACUCAUUUUGUUGUUGUUUUGCCUGGUGGCUCUUGUGGAGAGCCGAAAGCUCAAGAAGAGGAGAUGGACAGGGCAGUUGGAAGUGCCCAAGCCAAGUCACCUAUAUAAGAAGAACCUCGACAUGACCAAAAUCCGGAAAGGAAAACCUCAGCCGCUCCUCAGACUGGAGGACCAUGAUUUCACCAUGAGGCCCGCCUUUGGAGGCCCUGCCAUUCCAGUGGGUGUGGAUGUGCAGGUGGAGAGCCUGGACAGCAUCUCGGAAGUGGACAUGGACUUCACCAUGACCCUAUACCUGCGGCAUUACUGGAAGGACGAUCGGCUGGCCUUCCCCAGCACCAGCAACAAGAGCAUGACCUUUGACGGCCGGCUGGUAAAGAAGAUCUGGGUCCCUGACGUCUUCUUUGUUCACUCCAAAAGGUCAUUCACCCACGACACCACCACUGACAACAUCAUGCUGCGGGUGUUCCCAGAUGGGCACGUGCUGUACAGCAUGAGGAUUACGGUCACUGCCAUGUGCAACAUGGACUUCAGCCACUUUCCCCUGGACUCCCAGACCUGUUCUUUGGAGCUAGAAAGCUAUGCAUAUACAGAUGAAGAUCUGAUGCUGUAUUGGAAGAAUGGGGACGAAUCCCUGAAAACAGAUGAGAAGAUCUCCCUGUCUCAGUUUCUGAUUCAGAAAUUUCACACCACUUCCAGACUGGCCUUCUACAGCAGCACUGGCUGGUACAACCGUCUGUAUAUUAACUUCACGUUGCGUCGCCACAUCUUCUUCUUCUUGCUCCAAACCUAUUUCCCUGCCACCCUGAUGGUCAUGCUGUCCUGGGUGUCCUUCUGGAUCGAUCGCAGAGCUGUGCCUGCCAGAGUUUCACUGGGUAUCACCACGGUGCUGACCAUGUCCACCAUCAUCACGGGCGUGAACGCCGCCAUGCCCCGCGUCUCCUACAUCAAGGCCGUGGACAUCUACCUCUGGGUCAGCUUUGUGUUUGUGUUCCUCUCGGUGCUGGAGUACGCGGCUGUCAACUACCUGACCACCGUGCAGGAGCGGAAGGAACGGAAGCUGCGGGAAAAGCUCCCGUGCAUGUGUGGAAUGCUUCACUCAAGAACCAUGAUGUUGGAUGGAAGCUACAGUGAGUCUGACACCAACAGCCUUGCCGGGUACCCCAGAAGCCAUAUUCUGACAGAAGAAGGACAAGACAAAACAGUGGCCCACUUGGCCCUGAGCAAUGAAUCUAACUCCUCCAGGAAGAAAGGGCUUCUGAAGGGCCAGAUGGGGCUUCGCAUCUUCCAGAACACCCACGCCAUUGACAAAUACUCCAGGCUGAUAUUCCCUGCCUCCUAUAUAUUUUUCAACCUGAUUUACUGGUCAGUGUUUUCCUAGGGGCUCCGAGGCUGUGCCUGGGAAAGGGCCUAGACAUCUAUGGGGUCUGGCGAGCGUCUGCACAUAGACCUGCUGACCGUGCUCCCCUCACCAAACAGAGCCUGGACCCCUAAGAGCAGUGCCCCUUCCUGGAGGAACCCAGGAGCCCUCCAGCUUCCCUUCCCCCAACCUCAUGGGUUUGCCCCUCAUUCAUUCUGUGCUGUGUCCCACUUCAUGCUUCUCUGGGGCUGUCUUCUUCUGUUCUUGUGUCUGAACAGGUUUGCAAGAUUCCAACCCCCCUCACCCCCCUGCUUAAAAAAAGAUUCAAAUACGUCCCAGAUGUUCUGAAACUCUUAAGAAACCUAGGAUUCAGUUGUGAAAGGGAAAGGAAAAUGAAGGGGCAUUCUGGAUAGAAGACAGGAAAUUGGGAUUUAAAAUAAGAAUAAGCAUCUGCAAACCCAUACAACUGGAUUAAGUGCCUAUCUAAGAAGGAAAAAAACUCAGAUCCCAGACAGGAAAUGAUUUGACCUGUGUGAGUCUGGCAACUUGCAUGAUUUUGCAAUAUUAGAGGACAUUAUUCACUCACGCAUCUAUUCCACCAUUUAUUAAAUAUUGAGUAUCUACCCUGUGCCAAGUGCUAUGGAAAUAAACAAAUAGAAGUCUGUUUUCUCAGAGAACUCCUCUAAGUCUGUGCCCAUUCUACAUGUGGCAGAAGUACUUCUGUUCUUUUCCUGCCCUCAACCCCCAUUCACCCCACAGGCCAGUUUAUUUGCUGAUUCUUUUACUCCUAGGUCUGUCUAGAAAAGCAUUUCCUGUCUCCUAUGAGGCCCUCAUGAAGUCAACCCAGUGCUUUUCUCCUGUAUUCUCCAUGCAGGACAAGCCUAGUGCUGGGGAAAGGGACAGGGACUGGAGAAUUAGUUAGCGACAGCAGAACUUGGUCUGGGGCAGAAGGAGGCAUGGCUCUGCUGUGGAAACUGGUUUCACAUGCUGUCCUAACUCCCUCUCUGGGCUUCUUCCCAGCAGACAGGUGUCCUCAACCAUUCCUGUGUCCAAGCCCUGGCCCCACCCCGGGGGACCUACUUAUGCCAACCAGAAGUGCCCUGCACCCUUGAGUGAUUUCUCUCUUACUUCCACAAGCUAGUGACUCUUUACUCUAAUGCAGCUAAGCUCAGAUUAGGAAAGCAAUCCGAUUUGUUGAAUCUGCAGUAAGUUGUGAGUGACCGUUUCCCUCAACCCUGUUUUAGGUGUUUGCUAGUUAACAUCAGAGACUCUCUGAUUGAUAGAAUUUCUGGAGGUACAGAGGACAUUAUUUUGAGAAGGGGCCUUUUCUUUACAUCACAGCGCUUUGAAUUAGAAGGCUGUUCUGGGGAAGUAAGGAGGAAAUGCCCACCUCAGAUUAUUUGCUUCCUGAGGAAGUUGUUCUGCCCAUUUCCCCACUGCCCCUGCUACCGUCCUGUUCAAGGUCUGGGUGUCUGGUUCUUUGGACAAGAGUAGGUAAAUGGUAACAGCAAAAGAGAGACCAUAACCCUGCCUUAAAUCAAGUAAUCGCUGGCCUGUGGAGUUUACUCCACAGCUCAUGGCUCCCAGGGAGCACACAUGGAUACCAGAGCCUCCAGAAGUUUCAAGUCAGGGGCCGCAGCUACCUGAUCCUUUUUCAGUUACUCCCUCCCUGUGACUGACUGCACAGUUGCUCUCUGCACCCCAGCUUCUCUGCUCCUUCCCCUUGGUCAGGCCCCCACCCAUUCCCUCUGUUCCCACAUUCAUUCCUUAUGUGACCAUCAUCCCAGACACUUCCUUCACUACUCAAUUGCCCAUGUUGAGGGCCAGACUUAUCGUCUCUGGUCACCAGCCCUGAUCUGCACUGUGGCCUCCAGCCUAUUGGUCCAGAGGCUAUGUGAUCAGGGCCAGGAUUCAAGGAGCUGAACUCUCAGUGGGACCAGCUCUGGGUAACAAUAUGACAUAGAUUACCUUGGGCAACUGCAAGUUCAAGAGGUCCCCAAGACCACUCUCAGGUUUAAUAGUUCACUAGAAGUUUGGGGAUUUGGAGAAAAAGAAACGUACAUGCCACAUGUACAUAUAUUGGGUUGUUGGAAAAGU